UAAAAUUAUUUUUUAACAGAGAGGUUAUGAAAGGCAACUUUAAGUAUACUCGGAUUUUUGUAACAAAAAAUAGACUAGAAUCGAAGAAAAUUUCUCCACGUGAUUUUACAUCGCACAUUUAACGUUGCACGUCAUCUGAGUUAGAAAAAUAAAUAGUCGAUUUAUCAUCAAACUUACCUCCGACUCACACCUUAUCGAAGAAUUCUACAACGUGAGAUAACCUCACAUGACACUACAUUUGACGUGAAAUAACCUCACAUAUAUUAUUAGAUUUUGUUGCGCAGCAAAUUAUAUCUCUUUUGUGAGAAUACCUUGUGAAAAUAAGAUCAUCGAUCACUAGGUGAGGGUAUAUUGCAAUCAUAGAACAUCGUUGACAGUAAAAAAAUGGGAAGCAUAAUAGCUAUCCGGCUUUGUGGUAAUACUAUUAAAAAUUUUGCAAUGGUCUCAAUAUUAAGACCAAUAAAAAAUAUAAAUUACUCUUUAUUAAAUAAAGAGAUGUAUCAUCUCAAGAGCCAGCAAAGAUUUCUACGCAUCAUUCAACAUUGUGAUAUUCUAAAUUUUUCAUUUGACAAUUCUGUCAAAGUGAAUAAUUCAAGAGGUUUCUCUACGACUUGUGUAUUGGCAAAAGGCAAAGAUCGUGGCAAAGAUAAAAAGAAGCAGAAGGUACAGCAUAUUGAUUAUAAUGAGAUGGAACAAGUUAUCGAUGUCAGUAAGCUGACAUCUCAAUUUGACAAGGCAAUUGAACUCUUGAAAAAUAAUUUUGUCAAAUAUUUAUCAGUAAGAUCAACAGUGGGUGCUAUUGAGGAAUUAACUGUCAAGUUUGAGGGAAAAGAUUAUACAUUGCAGGAGCUUGCACAGAUUAGUCGUAAACCCAAACUAUUAGUAUUAAAUGUAUCUACUUUUUCGCAAGCUAUCCCAGAUAUUUUGAUAAGUCUCACAAAAAAUCAGAUGAAGUUAAAUCCACAACAAGAUGGAACUACAAUUUAUAUUCCUAUUCCCAAAGUAACAAAAGAGCACAGAGAAACCUUAUCUAAAAAUGCAAAGAGCUUUUAUACAAAAUGUUGCGAUAAUAUUAGAGAUAUACGCAAUAGACAUAUUAAAGUGGUAAAACAGAAAGAAGGAUUAGCCAAAGACUUAAUAUUUAGGAUAGAAAACUCAAUAGAUAGUCUCAGUAAUCAAUAUAUAAGUAAAGCUGAAGAAUUGUUGACCGCCAAACAGAAAGAAUUGUUAGGUGAUUCUGAAUAAACGGACCUACCUUCAUAUUUUUAUAUAUGAAUUAUUAAUUAAAAAGUAUAUUGUUAAUAUUGCUACAUGUGCAAAACGUGUAAUAACAUCUAACAAUUUUGUAAUAAAAGAAGAAAGGUAUACAUACUA